UCCUCGCGACCGCAAGUAAAUCUUUAUAAAGACCGUCGCGGCCGAUAUUUGGAUCGCUCCCUUUUCCCGAUCAUCUCUCCCUCCCCCAAUUUUGAUCCGCCGUCGUCCAAAUCGUUCCGAGGAGAUGAAUAUCUUCGCCAAGAAACCCACCGCCAAAGAGUCUCUCCGAGCAAGCAAGAGGGAGAUGACGACCGCCACCAGAGGCAUCGAGAGAGAAAUUGAAGCGCUGCAAUUGGAAGAAAAGAGGCUUGUUGCAGAGAUAAAACGGACUGCUAAAACUGGAAAUGAGGCUGCGACUAAAAUUUUAGCCCGUCAGCUUAUCAGAUUAAGGCAACAAAUUUCAAAUUUACAAGGUAGCCGAGCUCAGAUGCGGGGUAUAGCUACACACACACAAGCGAUGCAUGCCACCACUUCAGUGGCUGCAGGCAUGAAAGGUGCAACCAAGGCAAUGGGAGCAAUGAAUAAGCAAAUGGCACCUGCAAAGCAGAUCAAGGUUAUGCAAGAGUUUCAAAGACAGUCGGCACAAAUGGAUAUGACAAGUGAGCUGAUGUCAGACUCGGUCGAUGAUGUUUUGGACAAUGAAGAGGCUGAAGAUGAAAUUGAGGAUCUUACGAGUCAGGUUCUGGAUGAAAUUGGUGUCGAUGUUGCAUCACAGUUGUCAUCUGCUCCAAAAGGAAGAAUUGCGGGAAAGAAUGUUGGAAGUGCUGAGAGUUCGAAGGUUGAUGAACUCGAGGAAAGAUUGGCGGCCCUUAAAAACCCAUGAAUGAUUACUCCAUCCAGAUUUCAGGUCUUAAUUUCUUCCAGUUCCAACUGAUCUAUAGUAUUUUUUGUACAAAACAACGGACAAAGCGCUUCAGAUAUUAUGUAAAUAUUUUUACCUGGUUGCCAGAACUAAGGAGUGGUCUAUUUGACAACUUUUACCCCAAUUAAAUGUGAAAUCCAUGUUUGAGGUUUGGUACUAUACAUCAAAUUUAAUUUUUAUGAGGCACUCUUAAUGUUUAUUUCA